AUGACUACCCCACCAGCCCCGCAAUACGUCGAUUGGCGCAAGUUCAAGGCGAAUGGAGUUAAUCUCGGGAGCUGGUUCUGCCUGGAACACUUCAUGAUGCCCAAGUGGUUCGAGCAACACGGCAACUCUCCUGACGAGUGGACAGCGUGUGAGAAGUUCGGCGCAGCCGGCGCGGACCUCGAUAGCCACUACAAGACAUGGUUCACCAACGCGGACGUCGAUACAUUCGCAGCUCACGGUGUGAACGUCCUCCGCAUACCCUUUGUCUACGCUGCAUGGAUCAAGGUUCCCGGCUCGCCGCACUACCACGGACCUCAGGUCGAGAUCAUGAAGGAGCUAGCUACAUAUGCGAUUGAAAAGUACGGGAUGCAUAUUGUGCUCGAUCUGCAUGGCCUACCAGGCGGCAUCAACUGGCUCGACAUUGGCGAAGCGCAUGGGCAUGGCGACUGGUUCUACAACGAAAAGAAUCUUGAGAUGUCGUAUGAAGCAGUGGAUGCGGUGUUGAAUUACAUCCAGAACAAGUCUGGGCAUCCUGAGUCUUACACCCUUGCGCCAGUCAACGAGGCUGUGGACAGCAAAGAAAUGCAGAAAUUCGGCACUCCCUUAGCGCUCUCCGACAAAGCAGCAGACUGGCUGCUGAAAUAUAUCCUGGGAGUCAUUCAGCGCACCGAAGCUGUCAACAAGAGCAUUCCGAUCAUGUUCCAGGAUUCGUUCAAAAGAGAAGAAUACUGGUCAUCCCGGCUCCCGGAGUCAGCGAACAUCGUCAUUGACACACAUAAUUACUUCUUUGCUCAUCGCCAGUGCAGUCCCGAGACAGUCCUUCCUGUCAUCGAGCAGGAUGCUAAGACAGCAAACAAGACGAAGAAGUUUCCUGUCGUCAUUGGAGAGUGGUCGAUUGAGAUGGAGCUCAAUAACCAGCUGUCUAAACGCAAGGAGGUGUUUGAUGCUGGAAGAGCGGCGUUCAGCAAGUACACACAAGGCAGUAUCUACUGGUCUGGAAGAGUGGACAGCGAUGCCAAAGUUGCUGGAGAAGGUGGCAAACGUGAUUACUGGAGUUAUCUGGACAUGAUAAAGGACGGCGUGAUAACGCCUUGGAAAGCCUAG